AUUGCAAACAGGACUGGUAACAUCUUAAAUGUAAUCCCUGAAGGACAUGACCUGUUCUGGAAGACAACGACUUUAUUUUUAUUCUUCUUUGGAAUUGUGGAUAUGUUCAUACUGGCAGAAGAGCAGAGCUCCAUCCUUUUUGAGAAACAGAUUAAACUCUUGUCACUCAGAGUUCCACAAGUCCCUGGGUCAUGACUGAGGUGUAUUGGUGACAUCAUGAAUUGGAAUAAAGGUGGGCCUGGUACGAAGAGAGGCUUUGGGUUUGGUGGAUUUGCCAUAACCCCCGGCAAGAAGGAGGAGCCCAAGCUGUCCCAGCAGUCGCACAGCGCGUUCGGCACCGCCGGCUCCUCGGCAGCGUUCGCCAAGGCGGGGCCUCCUCAGCUGCCCUCCUUCUACAAGAUCGGCUCCAAGAGAGCCAACUUUGACGAGGAGAACGCGUACUUUGAGGAUGAGGAGGAAGAUUCCAGCAAUGUGGAAUUGCCCUACAUUCCUGCAGAGAACUCCCCCACUCGGCAGCAGUUCCAGUCCAAGUCAGCAGACUCUGACAGCGAUGAUGAUCCUCUGGAGGCAUUCAUGGCUGAAGUGGAGGAUCAAGCUGCUCGAGACAUGAAGAGACUUGAAGAUAAAGACAAAGAAAAAAAGAACGCUAAGGGUAUUCGAGAUGACAUUGAAGAGGAAGAUGACCAAGAAGCCUAUUUCCGCUACAUGGCCGAGAACCCCACUGCUGGUGUGGUGCAGGAGGAGGAGGAGGAUAACCUGGAGUAUGACAGUGAUGGCAACCCCAUUGCACCCAGCAAAAAAAUCAUUGAUCCUCUUCCACCUAUUGAUCACUCAGAGAUUGAAUACCCACCGUUUGAGAAGAAUUUCUAUGACGAGCACGAGGAGAUCACCAGCCUGAGCCCGCAGCAGGUGGUGGAGCUGCGGCACAAGCUGAACCUGCGGGUCUCCGGGGCUGCUCCUCCAAGGCCUGGCAGUAGUUUUGCUCAUUUUGGGUUUGAUGAGCAACUUAUGCAUCAGAUUAGGAAAUCUGAGUAUACCCAACCCACUCCAAUACAAUGUCAGGGUGUUCCAGUGGCACUAAGUGGCAGAGACAUGAUUGGGAUAGCCAAGACUGGAAGUGGGAAAACAGCUGCCUUCAUCUGGCCAAUGCUGAUCCACAUCAUGGAUCAGAAGGAGCUGGAGCCAGGGGAUGGUCCCAUUGCAGUGAUCGUCUGCCCAACCAGGGAGCUCUGCCAGCAGAUCCACUCGGAGUGCAAGCGCUUUGGCAAGGCCUACAACCUGCGCUCGGUGGCCGUGUACGGAGGAGGCAGCAUGUGGGAGCAGGCCAAGGCCCUGCAGGAGGGGGCAGAGAUCGUGGUCUGCACACCAGGUCGUUUGAUUGAUCAUGUGAAAAAGAAAGCUACAAACCUGCAGAGAGUCACUUACCUUGUGUUUGAUGAAGCUGACAGAAUGUUUGAUAUGGGGUUUGAAUAUCAAGUCAGAUCAAUUGCGAGCCACGUACGUCCUGACAGACAGACCCUCCUGUUCAGUGCCACGUUCCGUAAGAAGAUUGAGAAGUUGGCCCGGGAUAUUCUGAUCGACCCCAUUCGGGUUGUACAGGGAGACAUUGGAGAGGCAAAUGAAGAUGUCACUCAGAUCGUGGAGAUUUUCCCCUCUGGGCCCAGCAAGUGGAACUGGCUGACGCGGCGCCUGGUGGAGUUCACCUCCUCUGGGAGCGUCCUGCUCUUCGUCACCAAGAAAGCCAACGCAGAGGAGCUGGCCAACAACCUCAAACAGGAGGAUCACAGCCUGGGGCUGCUCCACGGGGACAUGGACCAGAGCGAGAGGAAUAAAGUCAUCUCGGAAUUUAAGAAAAAGGGGAUCCCCAUCCUGGUGGCUACUGAUGUGGCAGCCCGAGGGUUGGACAUCCCUUCCAUCAAGACUGUCAUCAACUACGACGUGGCUCGGGACAUCGACACGCACACGCACCGCAUCGGCCGCACCGGCCGCGCCGGCGAGAAGGGCGUGGCCUACACCCUGCUGACCCCCAAGGACAGCAACUUCGCUGGGGACCUCGUCAGGAACCUGGAGGGUGCCAACCAGCACGUCUCCAAAGAGCUGCUGGACUUAGCAAUGCAGAAUCCGUGGUUCCGGAAAUCGCGUUUCAAAGGAGGGAAGGGCAAGAAGCUGAACAUUGGUGGUGGUGGCUUGGGAUACCGCGAGCGGCCGGGGCUGGGCUCAGAAAACACUGACCGUGGAAACAACAACAGUGUGAUGAGCAACUAUGAGGCCUACAAGCCAUCCACAGGGGCCAUGGGGGACAGGCUGACAGCAAUGAAAGCAGCUUUCCAGUCCCAGUACAAGAGUCACUUUGUUGCUGCAAGUUUAAACAACCAGAAGACUGGGAGCUCUGCCGCUGGUGCCAGCGGCUGGACCAGCGCCGGGAGCCUGAACUCGGUCCCGACGAGUUCAGCGCAGCAAAACUCGGCCGGUGCCGAGAGCCCCAAGGCAGCGCCGGCCUUCAGCAGCGGCACGGGCACCUUGAGCAGCGUGCCCACCUUCCCCAGCGCCGGCGCCCAGGGCUGCACCAGUGCCGGCACCGGCACCAGAGAGGGCGGCCUUGGCGGCACCGCCAGAGAGCGGCACGGUGAGCCCCGGAACAGCCGGCACAGCGAGGCCCCGCGGCGCGGGGAGGGCACAGGCCAGCGCUUCGGCAACGAGGGCCAGCGCUUCGGCAACGAGGGCCAGCGCUUCGGCAACGAGGGCCAGCGCUUCGGCAACGAGGGCCAGCGCUUCGGCAACGAUGGGCAACGCUUCGGCAACGAGGGCCAGCGCUUCGGCAACGAGGGCCAGCGCUUCGGCAACGAGGGCCAGCGCUUCGGCAACGAUGGGCAGCGCUUCGGCAACGAUGGGCAACGCUACAAUAAUGAUGGCCAACGCUAUGGCAAUGAUGGCCAGCGUUACGGCAAUGAUGGCCAGCGUUACGGUAAUGAUGGCCAACGCUCUGGCAACGAUGGCCAGCGCUACAAUAACGAUGGCCAGCGCUUCGGCAAUGAUGGCCAGCGUUACAACAAUGACGGCCAGCGGUAUGGCAACAAUGGCCAGCGUUACAGUAAUGAUGGCCAACGCUAUAACAAUGAUGGCCAACGCUCUGGCAACGAUGGCCAGCGCUUCAGCAACGAUGGCCAGCGCUUCAGCAACGAUGGCCAGCGAUUCAGCAGUGAUGGCCAGCGCUUCGGCAAUGAUGGCCAGCAUUACAACAAUGAUGGCCAGCGCUUCGGCAAUGAUGGCCAGCGCUUCAGCAACGAUGGCCAACGUUAUGGCAACGAUGGCCAACGUUAUGGCAACGAUGGCCAGCGAUUCAGCAAUGAUGGCCAGCGUUAUGGCAACGAUGGCCAACGCUUCAGCAGUGAUGGCCAGCGUUAUGGCAACGAUGGCCAGCGCUUCAGCAGUGACGGCCAGCGCUUCAGCAAUGAUGGCCAGCGUUACAACACCGAUGGCCAGCGUUACAACACCGAUGGCCAGCGCCACGGUGACCCCUCCCGGCACGGUGACGGCCGCCACGGCGACGUCCAUCGGCACGGCGAGGGCCGGCACUUCACCGAGCUGCCGGGCAGCGGCAGCCGGGACAGCAGGAACAGCAGCGAGGGCAGGAAUGGAGAGAACAGGAAGGAGGCCAACAGCCGAGACAACAAGACAGAUGGUUUUGCUGUGCCAGAGCCCCCCAAACGGAAGAAAAGCCGGUGGGACAGUUAAAAGUUGGGGGUUCACAGCCUGGAAUCUCUGCAGGUAGUGCUGUCUUUUUCCAGAGGAUUUCUUGGGGUUUUUGGUAACUGGUUGUUGAGCAGCUUGGGCAGGAGAAGGAAACCAUGAGAACCUCCAGGCAAGUUCAUCAGUGGACAGAUUCACCCGAGGGAAAUGCACGCAACACUUAGUGGAAGGAAUCAUUUUGAUAAAGCUCCCUGGGUUCUGCUUCGAAACAUUCAGUGCUCGAGUGACUCUGCUGGGUUUAAACGGAUCUUCUUGACAAAAAGAAGCUGUUCCACAUCCUUUGAACGUUAAGGAACUGUUGUCCAUAGAAGUAUAAAUUAGUCUUUUCUUAACCAGCGUUCACAUUUACAAACUAGUCCAGUCCACCUAGAGAUGCUCAGGACCUGCCUGUUAGACAUUAAUCUUGCAGCAGUUUGGUCAGUACGGUGAGUUCUUCCCCCAUCUCCUUUUAACAUAUUCCCUCAAAUAAUUUGGCCUCUCCCCUCAACUAAGAAUGUAUCAAUUUGCUUUGCUGAAGGUGGGGCAGAGCAAAUUGGUUUGUGGUUGGUUUCUUUUUUUCGUGUGUGUGUGUGUGGAGCUGUUCAAGGGAUCCUUCUCCAUCCCAGCAAACCACAAAUUCACUUGUAGUGUAGGUUGGACUUCCUGGCUUGUUUGUGGUCAGUACUUUAAUUCCAAUCCCAUUGCCCAGAUAUUCUUUUUCUUUUGAAGAACGUCCUGUUUCCUAAUAUCCUCAUUCUGGUGGAAGCCUGCAUAGCAAACCUGUGUCUCUGCUGUGCCUAUGCAUCCUCUGUUCUGAGAGGGUUGACUGCUUUCUUCAAAUUAAAAACAAAAAAGGGAAAACAGUGUAGAUAUGCCACAACAAUCAGAGGCUGGAGCCCCCCAGGAAGUGUGGCUAAAGGAAGAAGAUUCAGAAAUUCAGGGAUCUCCUGCUCAGAAGCCUUUAGGGAGAACCCAGGAAACAAUUAAUGAAAAGAAACAGCUCAAAUCUGGCCCUGUUUUGGACACAUGGAGUAAAUCUGUAAAAUCUUGCUUGCCCGUUUUUAACUCAUUGUGCGUAUUCCCAUUUUUUUACUUUUUUUUUUUUUGCCACAAGGUAGGGAAGAACUUUUCAGCUGGGACGAGUCAGCACCCACCACUGGCUCGUUUCCACUGGAAGAUGUACCAGAAGCUGUCAGGGUUUUGUGACAUUGUGAUGUUUUCUUUAUCAGCUGUGCAUUUACUUUCUGCUUGCUCUAGUAAAUGUUUUAUUACUGGUACAAAAAUAA